UAAUAAUUAAAUUUAAAUAGAUAAUAUUAUUCUCAUCUCAGUGCAAGUAGAACACACCUAUGUGAGGUUGUCAACUUGUUGCCGUUGUUUACACGGUUAAAUGGCAUUAUGGGAAUUCUUACUUAUCCAUGUGAGCAUUUUGAAGGUUAACACAAACAUGAAAUUUUGUUCAACAUUUUGGUGUUUUUAACUGGAAUAUUAGUAAUUUUAGAUAAACUGAAUUGUUGAUCCAGGACUUUGAAGUGUUAUCACAUGAGACGUUUUCCUUGAAAAAUAACUUGUUGCUACGUAUAGUGACAUUUUUGUGCUUAACAGUUUUGAAUAAAAUAGUGAACUGAAAUGUCAGCUGUAGAAGACACCACAGCGUUUCCCUUAAAAAAUCGAUUAUUUCUACGUAUUAUUAACCAUUUUGAACGACGUUGUACAUUGAGCUACCCCUUUGACUGUGAGACAUCUCAUAUUGAAAAUUAUUACUGUAAUUACUGCAAUUUUGAAACAGGACUGAUACUUCUUUUCAAACAGCAUUUAGAAGAGUAUCAUAGCGAUAAAAGGAACCACAUUGAUGUGGUAAUUGGACAACAUGCCAUCAAAACAUACAUUUGCAAAAAGUGUAAGUUUGAAUCAAAUUUUUUGAUGAAAUGGCGUCAACAUACUACACAAUGUAUAGGAAAGACAAAAAAAACUCGAAUUUACAAAUGUGAUGAGUGUGACUGCAUGUACAAAUCCAAAAGUUCCUUAGAAAAUCAUAAAAUUAUAAAACACCUUAAUGAUGACGAAGUACAAUGGUACUACUGCGCCAACUGCUCAUACAAAGCUAAAUACAAAAAGCUAUUUAAAAAACACAUAAAGUCGCUCCAUCAAAACGAAAGAGAUAUCAAAUGGAAUGAAUGCAAGAUAUGUACAUACAAAACUAAACAUGCAUCAAAUUUAAAACAACACAUCAGCUGCCAUUUGAAUAAAAAAAAAUUAGAAUGUAAAUGGUAUAACUGCGAAAAGUGCCCAUUCAAGAGUAAAUAUCAGAAUUCUUUAAAAAAUCACAUCGUUUCACAGCAUUUGGAUGAAAAGAAUAUUAAGUGGCAUAAAUGUGAAGAGUGUCCAUAUAAAGCUAAAUUCAAAUCAUAUUUAAAUUUUCACUUGAAAAUGCAUCAUUUAAAUGAGCAGGAUAUUAAAUGGUAUGGAUGUAAAACAUGUUCAUAUAAAACUAAAAUAAAAUAUAACGUAAAAGUUCACACGAAAAGGCAUCAUUUAGAUUUAGAUGAACAAGAUGUUACAUGGUAUAAAUGUAAAGAAUGUCCAUAUCAAGCUAAAUACAAAUCAUCUUUAAAAAUUCACAUGGAAAGACAUUAUGUAGAAGAACAAGAUGUUAAAUGGAAUGAAUGUGAAAAGUGUCCAUUCAAAGCUAAAUACCCGAUUUCUUUAAAAUUGCACAUGAAUUUGCAGCAUGUUGACGAAACAAAUGUUGAACGGUAUAAAUGUGAAAAGUGCCCUUUCAAAACUCACUACAAACCAUGCUUAACCAUUCACACAAAGCGAGCCCAUUUAAAUAACAAAAUUCAAAAUAUUCAAACAACUUUUAGCAAUAACUCUUUAAGAGGUCAUAUACAUAAAAACAUUAUUAGAUGUGAAAAGUGCCCAUUCGAAACUAGACGUCCAAAUUCUUUACAGUUGCACAUAAUUUUGCAGCAUAGUGAUGAAUGAUAUGAAUGUUUCAUCCGUCACAGAAAUGAACCCCAUUUAGAUAAACGAGACAUUAAGCGUCGUUAAUGUCAUAAAUAUACAUACGAAUUCAAACUCAUUCGUCAAAACUCAUUAAAAGAAUACACUUUAUUGGGAAGGACAGGAUAUUAAAAGGUGUGAAUGCAAAUAAUUCAAAUAAAGGCAACGAAUUUGAGCUAAUGCAAAAUAUCUCCACACGAAAGUCAAAGUAAUUUUAGUUUCAAAGACUUCGUCAGCAGACUGGAUUAGGAUAACAGGGGAAUUUAGAAGUGUUAUUUUAUAAACAGUAAUUUGACAUCUGAUACACAAAAUUUGAUUUUGAUAUUCCACAUUUUAUUGUAAUUUUUUUAAUUUACUACCGUUAAAACUUUUAAUAUUAUUAAAAUGACGAAUCUUAUAAAUAUGAUAUACGAAAAUCGCCGAACAGAUGCUGUGAUUUCGUUUAAAUUAGAUUAGCUGUUUGUUGAUAACGCUCCUUUGUUAAAGCACCCAUUUGGUGUAACUUCCUAUUUAUAGAUGGAUUUUGUAUUUUAUUGUUAUUAAUCUAUUACCUGUACUAUAUAUUUUUUUUGUUAAUAAAAGGAAAAAAUUGCCCAAA